AUGCGGCAAUCAAGCCCUCGUGGUCUCCGUCUCCGGCGUCCACCGUCAACGCUCUUUGCCCGUCUAUCAACCCUCACGGACAACAUCGGCACGACGAUCGCCAACGGCUGCGGGAACGCCACAAGGUCACUUCGACGGCGGUCUUGGCACCACAGCAACGACCACGGCACGGGCCAAAACGAGGACCUGGCCGCGGCUUUGGCUUCAUUCCAACCUCCACCUGCCGUAUCUGCCCAGGCUGGCAGCGUGGCACAGGCACCACCCGAAAGUGAAACCCGCAGGAUUUCGCUGGCCAGAACUUUCGGACCCGACCACCUGGCCGUUUUGACCGAGGAGGCCGAAGAAAUCGACGAGGCCGUCGGCCGGCCGGCGGUGUGUCAGUCCGCACAACCACCGCCAUCCAUCGUAUCGCCAAAAUCGCCAACAUCACCGACGCUACUGGACACCGAACCAUCUCCCAGCUCACCGCGCCAAACAACAAGCCCGAUGCGCGAAGCGUUUUCUUUUCUCACGCGGGGCCGCAAGAAGAGCGGCUCCGGGAGCUCAGGAGGAGGAGGCAGUGGUAGUGGUGGUAAUGGUGGUAAUGACAUGCACCGGACUCUCACCAAACGCCAUCGGCCGUUCCCCACCUCAUCGACGUCGGCUUCCGUUGAUGCAAGUGUCGACUCCAGAGAACGCGCCCUCCGUCCGUCUCCUCACAUCACGACCAGUUCUGAGAUCGCUUACAGUGGCCCCACCGAAGUGCUCAAUCCCACGUCUAAGUUGGUCAGUGCGCGGUGUAAAGGUAUAACGGUGACGGUCGAGAUCUUCAAGGAGACAUCCGCCUCUGAUUUUCUCGUCGAUUGCAGCCGGACGUUAGCUGGACUUGGGCGGCCGGUUGACCCCGACGAUUGCGUUGUCAUCGAGCCCUGCGCUCGACCAGGGCUGGAGAGGAGGUUGCGGCAGUACGAACGAGUAUGGGACGUUGUUAGCGCCUGGGAUCACGACACUGCCAACACCUUCAUUAUCCUGCCGGACUCGUCCGACCCAGACGAGGAGCUCGUUUUGUCCAGUGUGCCCGACACCCAAGAUGAGCCAGAGGGGUUUGUCUUACCGAUUUACCACCUUUACCGGCCCGGGAAAUGGACCCAGCGCUACAUCACGCUCAAGGAGAACGGGCAAGUGUUUGCAUCCAAGAAACGGGAAUGGAAAGUUUCGGACAAGGACGUCACUCGGCUCUGUCAUCUGUCCGACUUUGACAUCUACAUGCCGACCGAAGCCGAGAUGCGGAAGCAGCUCCGACCGCCUAAACGAUACUGCUACGCCAUCAGGAGCCAGGAGAAGGCCACGCUUUUUAUCGAUUCCAGUCUUUACGUUCAGUUCUUUUGUACGGAUGAUCCAAAUGUCGCGCGGCAGUUCCGAUCCGCCGUGCAGGGCUGGCGAAGUUGGUAUCUUGUCAACAGAAAGCUUAGGUUGCAUGAUAAGAAGGUACCGUCGUCACCGACGAGCCCGUCUGGCGCGGGACAGAGCUACCGGAUGAAGACCCCGCUUGAUCAGGGAUCGAGGGCGGACCAUGUUUAUCGAGGAAGGACCUCGCUGGACCAGGGGCCCAGAGGGCGGCCAUCUAUCGACCAAUUGCCACUAGUUCACUCCGUGCCGAGCUCCCACGAGAACGCACCACCUGGUACGUCCGCAGGAGCAGGUAUCCCGCCAAUUCCACCGCUUCCCGGCUCUCUCCGGGGGAAGAAGCAAGAUCCGUUUGCGGCCUCGGGGUUGCUGGGAAACGACUACGAGGAGCGCCGGCAGCAUGCUGUCAGGCGUGAAGGCACGGUAAAGCAUCGCCAGGGGCAUGUGACAUCCGCGCCGGACGACGGGCCCUUCACCGACGGGCCCAACCUCCUCAACGGCGGCAUUGUGAGGCUUGACGACCGUCCUGGUACUGCCGGGUCAGGGAGCAGCCACAACACGUUGCCCCGUAGAUCAGACCGCACGGGUUGGUUUCCUUCUGCUGUUCAACACUCGGCUGAGCACUAUAGCGCCCGCCCGACUACUGCCGGUUUUCCCACUUCUGUUGGGGCAGGUGCCACUUCUUUAGCUCGUCGGCCGAGUACAUCCUCCCACGUCCCCACUCGCAAUCGCUCAGUUCGACAGCCGCAGCAACACGGAGACGACCACCACAUUCCAAUUCCGCCAUCACCCACGCAUCAACAGCCUCAGCCUCUCUCCCGCUCACCUCAGCAACCCCUCGUCGACCUUACCCCAGGCUUUAUCGAAGCUCCGCAGUGGUCCCGCGAGAACCGCGGCCGCGGCGUGCGUGCACCACAAGGAAAGCCCCUCGUUGACCUCGCCACAGGGCCUGUCCUACCCCCUAGCCGGAUCCGCGAUGCGGCCCCGCCUAAAAAUCUGGUGCGUCGGCCUGAUGCGGCCCCAACAUCGCCGAUAUCUCCCAGUAGCGGUGCGGGAGGGACGGCAACGCUCAUGCAGCAGUACGAGACGCAAAAGGCUGCCGCUGCCACUGGUGCUACCGGAACAGGUGUUGGAGGGUCAGCAGCAGGGCGGAUGGGAGGGGGGAGUGGGUUGGUCGGGUCGUUGGCGAGGAGAAAUACGACGCGGAGUAUGGGCGGACGAGGUGUAGUAGCAGGGGGGGAGACAUCGGAUGUGCCUGCUGUGCCCGGGCCGACGGCGGCGUAUUUGCAAGCUAGAGGGGGGAUGAUGGGGGUUGGGGAGAGGGACAAGGAUCGGGUUAGGGAGUGGUUGCGGAAUGGCGGGGAGAAGGCUUAG